UCCCCAACUUCCUCACGACAAAAUUCCUUACCUCUCCCCCAACUCCACUUCCACACUCUCUCUCUCUCUCUCACCUAUUCCUUGCUUGCAUGACUCACCGAAGACUCAUUCAAUUUCAAACCCAACUCAACAAACCUAACAAAUCUCCCUCCCUCUCUGUCUUCACUACCUCCCAUUACAUGUCAACUCUCCUCCUCCGCCUCCACCAUGUCCCCUUCCUUUCCCCUCCUCUUCUUCCUCUCGCUACUCUCUCUCCUCUCCGUUUCCCUCUCUCAACCGAGAGGUAUUCUGAUUGAUUGCGGCGCCACCGUCGGUUCCAAAAUCGACGGCCGAGAAUGGUUUCCGGAUGGAAAUUUCGUGUCUGCCGGGACGCCACGGAACCUGACGAUGCCGGUUCUUGUUCCGAUUUUGUCGACUGUUCGAUCGUUUCCAUUAGAGAAGAAUCUCAACCGCAAGUUCUGCUACGAGGUGCAGGUGUUUCGGGGAGCGAAGUACUUGGUUAGGACUACUUACUUUUACGGAGGGAUCAACGGCCGUGAUUCUCCGCCGGUUUUCGAUCAGAUUGUUGACGGAACCUUAUGGAGCGUGGUCAACACAACGGAAGAUUACGCCAGGAACAUGUCGUCUUAUUAUGAAGGGGUUUUCGAGGCUCAAGGGAAGACCAUGAGCGUGUGUAUAGGUGCAAAUCGGUUUACGGCUUCGGACCCAUUCAUAUCGGCUUUGGAGUUUGUGAUUUUAGGGAAUUCGGUGUAUAAUUCGACAGAUUUUGGGAAAUACGGGUUGACUUUGGUUGCGCGGAACAGCUUUGGAUAUGGUGGACCUCUCAUUAGGUAUCCUGAUGAUCAAUUUGAUCGGUUUUGGGAGCCUUUCAAUCAAAGUGAGUCUACCGUAGUAAGCAACAGAAAUAUAUCUGUUUCUGGCUUCUGGAAUCUUCCCCCUUCUAGAUUAUUUGAUACCAAGCUUUCAUCUGGUCAAUCUGAGGCCCUGGAGUUGAGAUGGCCUUCGUGGCCCCUUCCAAGCACAAUGUACUAUAUAGCGCUAUACUUUGCAGAUGAUCGUGAUUCCUUGUUUGAAGGCUCAAGGGUGCUUAAUAUAAGCAUAAAUCAUGUAACAUAUUUUGGCAAUUUGAAUGUGACCCCAGCAGGUGCUACUGUAUUUGCAACCCAGUGGCCACUUAGUGGUCUCACAAUGAUUACCUUGUCUCCCACUGCUAAUUCAAAUGGUGGUUCUUUGAUCAACGCUGGAGAGGUUUUUGAAGUUCUGGCCCUUGGAGGAAGAACAAUUACCCGAGAUGUCAUAGCUUUGGAAACUAUAAAAAAUGGUCUCCAGAACCCUCCACUUGAUUGGAGUGGCGAUCCUUGUUUGCCCCGUGAAUAUCAGUGGACUGGAGUAACAUGCUCUGAUGGCCCUCGGAUUCGCGUAAUUACUCUGAACCUGACGAGUAUGGGAAUUGGGGGAUCACUUUCACCUACUAUAGCCAAAUUGACUGCAUUGACUGGCAUCUUGCUUGGAAACAAUACUUUGUCCGGACCACUCCCUGACCUUAGCUCACUGAAGAUGCUUGAGAUACUGCAUUUAGAAGACAAUCAUUUCAGUGGAGAGAUUCCCUCGUCACUUGGAGACAUUGACAGAUUGCAUGAACUGUUCUUGCAAAACAAUAACUUCACUGGCCAAAUUCCAAGUAACCUUAUUGGAAAAGCUGGCUUGAACCUCCAGACUUCUGGAAAUGAUUUUUUGACCCCGUCACCGUCAGCUUGAGCAAAUUGGUCGCUGCAUCCUAAGGCAUAAUUCACAAGGUAUGUACCAUAAUUGUAUUGUGUGCUUAUGCACUUCAGCUUGGGCUUUACUAUACAGACAGAAAUUUCCAAUGGCGGAGAGUUGAUUAUGUAUCAAUAAUUAGAGUGUUGGCCGGUCAAAGAGCUAUAUAAAUCAUUUAGCCUUGAUCUUUGACUUGCACACAGUAUGAUCGUUAAGGCAAGCAAUAUGGUUGAUACAACUUCACCUAUUCACUAUCUUUUGAUUAUAAUAUCAGAAUCUGGUGUUUUGAGAGAGGAAA